UAGUAUACACUUUGAGCUUUGGCUUCAAAUAAAUAACACAUGCUUACUUGAGAUCUUUUUCUUUGCUCUCUCUCUUUUUUUUUCUCUCUCAAGCCAUAUCUGACAUGAAACUUUUUUCUGUUCUACUCAUUCUAUUUUGUCUAAAAGGUCAUGUAUUAGCAUUCUAUGGUGAUCUUCAGAAAAGUAUAAUAGUUCCUCCCAUUAAUUAUGCAGCAAGUGCAGCCAUUGGCAAUCUCAUUUACAUUUUUGGUGGAAGGAUUGUCGAUGAUACUGGUAAUCCCGAUGCUUAUAAUGUAAAUAUUACAACCCUAAGCUUCUCUUCUAAUGGUGAAUUGCAAGUCAAUAUAAUUUCACCGAGAAGACAAGUGACAUGCGAUAGUUGCAAGGGCUAUGCAUUACCUGGAGAUCAAACACUAGUUGCAAUUAACGCAGACUAUCCAGAGUAUAAUACUACUAGAAAUCGCACCAUAUAUCCUUCAGGAUUGGCAUUGUUUAGUAUUGCAAAUAAUUCUUGGUCUUUGCCACAAAGUAGUCAAAAUGUUAUAAGAACUCUCCCUGCCACUCGGUUUGGCUUUGCUACGGCUAUAUCUCCUAACAAAGACGCCAUUUACAUGCUCGGUGGCGAUGAGCUUAUACUGGACAAUUAUAUACAGGCGACGUCUAUUUUUAGGUUUGAUCUGAGGAACAUGUCUAUAGUAACAAACAUGACAGCAAUCAACCAUAACUCGAGGCUUGGAAUAAUAGGAUCUUGUGCAGAUAUGCUAUCAAAUGGCAUUGUGGUCAUUGCAUUUGGGUAUGACAAGAGUGUUAACCAAAGCUACCCCACUGAUCAAGUGAUUCUAUACGAUACAAAUUUGAAUCAGAUUCGCAUGCAAAAUAUAACUGGUACGCCACCUCCUGAAAGAGUAUUUGCCUCUAGUGUCUUGGGUCCAGAUGGCUCUACUAUUUAUUAUUAUGGGGGGAUUGACUAUAGAGCUUUUGGAAAUCAAUAUGCGGGUCAGCCUCCCAAUGGGCUAAUGGCUCUUGACACAACAACAUGGACUUGGUUUAAUGUUCCUACUGUAGGACCUAUUCCUUUGCCUUUUGCAUAUGGUACAAUGGUAUUGUUAAACUCUUCUGAAAUUGUGAUUGCUACAGGUAGCGCGGGUAUCUCUUAUGCUGAAACCAUUGGUGUCUUGAUCAGCCUACCUCAACCAGGAGAAUCCAUACAGUCAAGAGUUUUGAGAUGGUUUACGAAUAAUCCAGAGUAUGACAGUAUAGGUAUUACCUACGGCCAUCAUGAAAUGAGUACCGCUGCUAUUGUUGGUAUUACUGUUGCUGCUGCCAUGACUAUAAUACUUCUUUUUACUUUGCUUUGGAAAUAUGUGCCACCGAUCAAAAGAGCUACUAGAUUUAUCCACUAUGAAAUCAUAUGGAAGCCAAGAUCCGGGGAGCCACUAUGGGCGGAAACAGCAAGAUUGCUUGUACGGUUCAUUUUGUUUUUUUUAUUUUUAGCAUUUGUCGUCUAUGUCAUCUACAAGUCUAUAAAUAGUCCUUUAGUCAUCCAGCACACAAACUUAGUGACGGAUGCUGUUCUUGCUCCAGAUGUUCGGUUUUGUUUUGACGGCUUUGAUACGACUGAUCCAAAUAUGGGUGUCAUUUGUCGAUUUAGAAAUGGCACAGAAUGUUCUCAGUAUAUUCAGCCACUUAACAUGAGUCUGCAUACACCUAUUUAUACUGACUAUUUUGGGAGUGUUGCCUGCUUCUUAUUUCUGCCGGGUCCUUCCUUCUAUAUCAUUGACGACAAGUUUGGAUACUUGGAUUCAACAGGUACAAAGAUCACUUUUUCCUUUAUGGCUCAGCCAACAGAAAAUAUCACAAUGGGUGUCAUUUAUGUUGAUAUGUUUGCGCCUGGUUAUGACCCAAAUACAUAUGCCUAUAAUCUUAUCAAUGACACAAUUGUCAACCAUUUAGAACCAUCGGAACUAAGAAAAUGGAUGGCAGCAGAACAAUCGUUUGAUCUAGUAGAAAAUUCAUUCAUUAUUAAACAAAGCAUUACUUCCACUGCAUCAUACACAAUCACUCAGACAAAAAUGUUGCGUCCUUACGAUGGUUGGAACUAUAUUGGGUUCUCUCCUACUUAUGAUGAAACACUGACGAUUAGUAGUCGAUACAAAGAUGCGCCUCAAAACCCUAACAAUAUUAUUCCAGGCAUGCCAGUAGCCCAACUCACAAUCCAACCAAGCUCGUUCACAAUCAAUAUCGAUACAGAACAGAAAGUGUUUACUUUACUGAAUGCUUUUGCUCAAGCUGGUGGUGUACUUGGACUUUUCAUUGCAUUACAAACAAUUCUUUUUGGAUUCCGUCCUCAGUCUCCAUGGGGCAUAGUUCAUCGUUGGUCGUUUGGAAGACUCAGGACAAAGUUGACUGACAAGCUAGCAAAUUACUUUGAUCGUAUGGGAACACCUGUACCACUUGUCAAUCCUGUAAACAAGUUUACUCUGAAUGCCUUUGGACGCACCGACUUUAAUCCGUACAAUAAAGACAUAGCAUUAGAAGAACAAGCUGAUGAAACCACAAGUUAUGAAAACCGAGUUCAGCAAGUAGAAGAACGAUUGCAGCUUAUGGAACUUCUAUUAAAGUCUUAUUAUCUCAAUGAUGAAGUAUUUAGAUCACUUGAUCAAGCCGUGAAACGUAGUCAUGAAGAACGAAGACGAAGUCAUCUGGGUAGAAUAAAAUCUGACAACAGCGCUGCAAAUCAGGAUCUGCACGCAGGAAUCAAAAGACGACCAUCAAGCACACUUCUUGAACGCAAAUCAAGCUAUCAGCCACAGAUCAGCGAGUCUAUUCCACAACACAACUCGUAUGAUGAUGACGAGCAUGAUUUUAUUUUAAGAAAAUAAUAAAUUUAAG